AUGGAGGCAAAAAAACCAACCGAGGAUUACAUCAAUGGUUCAUUUGUUGCUCCUGUCACAACCACAACCACACCAGCACCCUUGAGCAGUUCAGCCUGUGUGGAACGAACGUCAUUCCCAAUUCGUGGCCUUGGAUGCUUUUAUUAUGGUGUUCGCGAUGCGACGCUGACCAUCAAAGAUUAUGCAAUUACUGUAGCUCAAUGUAUUGGAGGUCAAAACCCAACUGAUAUCACUCUGUUCGCUGGUAUGCAUGAUCUCUUGUCUUCAACCGAAGAAUACACGACACAAGUUCGUGGAGCUUUAAAUGGAUCGAAUGCUAAUGUUUUGCGGCAAAUCCAUGCUAAACUAAAUACCAAGGACAAUAGCUUUACGGAAUUCUGUAAAAGUGGUAUUAGUAUCAAUCCGAACGGGUUCACUCGUGUCGCCGUCUACCACAAUUGGAUCAAAAGCAUCACUGGAUAA